AUGAAUCGGCAAAGUUCCAUGCAGCUUUACCGCUCCAACUAUACUUUGAGUACCGCCACGGUGAAUGGGUCCAACGCCGCCGUUAUCGGCGGCGGAAAGACGGUCGGACGGUGGUUGAAGGAGCGGAAGGAGAGGAGAAAAGAAGAACACAGGGUACAGAAUGCUCAGCUUCAUGCUGCUGUUUCUGUUGCAGGGGUGGCUGCUGCCAUCGCCGCCAUUGCCUCCGCCUCUGCAAGUUCCCAAGGCGGAAAUGACGGGAAAGAUAUCCCAAAGACCGAUAUGGCUUUGGCCUCUGCCGCCACAUUGGUCGCCGCUCAAUGCGUGGAGGCCGCUGAGGCCAUGGGAGCAGAACAUGAUCACCUCGCCUCUGUUAUAAGCUCCGCCGUCAAUGUCAAGUCCGCCGGCGAUAUUAUGACGCUCACCGCCGCCGCUUCAACAGCAUUAAAAGGAGCUGCAACGCUUAAAUCGAGGGCCAUGAAGGAAGUGUGGAAUGCGGCGGCUAUAAACCCGACGGAGACAGGAAUCGGAGCAUCCAGCAGCUAUGGUACUCUGAAUAUUUUGGAGACUCAAAAAUUUAGCGGCGACCCUCACCCGAUUCAACACGACCUUGAUCUUCUACGUGACUGUGAAUCAAACCAUCAAAUUCAACAUGAAGAUAAUUUCGUCACCGUACGAUUGCUCGCUGAUGGCUGUGAGCUUCUUAAACGUACUCGUAGUGGUAAGUUUACCUUUUCUCAAUUCAUCAUUUAUAUUCCUUUGUUACAGGUUGUGUUGAAGAUGAAGAGCAGGCACGUGGCUGGGGCUAUAACCAAAAAGAAAAAGAAUGUGGUGGUGGAUGUAGUGAAAGAUAUUCCGGCAUGGGCAGGGCGGCACCUGCUGGAGGGCGGCGAUGACCGCCGCUACUUCGGGCUGAAGACACUGAUGCGAGGGGUGGUGGAAUUCGAGUGCAGAAACCAGAGAGAGUAUGACAUGUGGACACAGGGAGUUGCCAAGCUUCUUGUAAUGGCGGCUGAAAGGACUUGUAUGUUCCAAGAUCAACCUGUUUGA